UUGAUUACCCAUCCACUGUACACAAGCACACACUCUUACAAACACCAAUGGAGCGCCGCUUCCUCCUCCUCGCCGGCCUCCUCCUGGCCACCGCCGCCGGCGAGCAGCAGCCUAGCCGCACCGCCAUGGCAGACCACCAGCAGCCGGCGGCCACCGCGGCGCCGUGCGAUCCCCUCUGCAUAUCCGGAGCGGCGGCCGGCGCGACUCCGGAGGCCAUGGCGGCGGCGGCGAUGGCCGGCGGCAAUGAGUCUGAAUCUGCACUGCCCCCUCGUCAGCUUGAUCGUCCGGACAGCAGUGGCUUGCCUACUACUCACCAAUCAUGGAUUUACCAUGAACCCGUCGCCAUGCCCUACUCCACGGCGCCGCCGGCGGCCAUCUCGCUCGUCGGUGCCACCGCCGCCGCCACCGCCGUCUUCUCCACGAUGUUACUCGCCGCGGCGGCGGCGCGCUAGAUCAAUUGCUAGGUUAACUUAGCUUAGCUAGCUCCUCCAAUGAUUCCAGGGGGACACAAUUUGUUGCAGCCGUUUGUGCCUGCGCCUUUUCGACUUUCGUAGUUUUUGGUUUAGCUCGUGUGAUCUUCUAUGUACAGUGUGCUUGCUUAGUGAUCCCUCUCAGUUAAUUAAUUAUGCAUGCAUGCAUGGUAGUAUUUUUCAGUU